GGUCGCUUUCUACAGUGAAAGCGGAAGUAACCUUUUAAACCGGUCAUAAUAAUUGAUUUUGCGCCUUUAAUCGUUUAUCUUGUUUUGUUGUUUUAGGAGUUCCACAAUAUAUAAAAAAGGUCACAUAGUCUGAAGUUAAGGAAUGGCGAAACGGAAGUAUGUAGACAACAGUAGUUCAGCUGAGGAAAGUGAUGGGUCUGAGGAGGAGAGUACUCCAAUUAGAGUAACGAGAAGAUCUUCAGUCAAUCCGGUCAUAAGUACCCCAACAGGCAACAUUUCUACAGCACCUAAGCCAAAGAAAAGAAAGUUGUCUGGAUCGUCAACAGUAGAACCAGUAGAAGUAGCACCAAAUACUGAAAUUGAAUCUGAUGCAGAGUCUGAAUCAUCGGCCGUUACUCCACGUACAACAAGAUCAAAGGCUAAAGAGUCUCCCGAGACGAAAUCAAAAGACAAAAGUGCAGUAGUCUCAAAUACAAAAUGUAAGACCAAAGAGUCUAUUGAAGGUUCUGAAAAGACAGAAAAAAUAAACAAAAGCAAAAGUGUUAUUAAAGACAAAGACACGGGUUCAGAAAUUGGAGAAACAGAUGAUAAAAAUAAGACACAAACAAGUGCAGACACAAUCUCAGAAUGUGGGGAUAUUGAGAAAGAAAAGGCGAAGACAAAUCGGUCUAAAUGUGGAAAAGCGGGUAAGGCUGGGAAAGGCAAGUGUAAGGGCAAGUCGGUUACAAGUAAGAGCCCAGAGGAUCCUUCAAUGGCUGAGUGGGCGGAUAAACGACCAACACCAUCCAUGGACUAUAAUGAAACAAAUGCUAAAUGUCCUCUGCCAGGUUGUGAUUCAAAAGGUCAUCUUACAGGAAAACAUGAAUCACACAGGACAUUGUCUGCAUGUCCUCUAUAUCAUAAUACAACAGCACAGGAAUGUAAGGACAGAUAUGAUGACAGACAGAAAUCUGCUGAUGAAAGACAACUCUUCAUUAAUUCACUCACAGAUAGAAAGGGUCUACGCAGACAGCAUGCUAAUGAUGAUCAGAAAGCUAAAUUAGAAAUAAUAGAGAAGGCAAGGAAGAACAUUCCAGAGGAGACCGAUGAAAUCAAGGCAUCACAUAAAGAACAUUCAGACAAAUAUGAGAAGUCCAGACAACCGUUACUAAAUGGUUUAGCCUCAGAAUACGAUCUAAAACUAUUUUACGAUGCCCAGGCUAGAGCAUGUGAACAGAGAGAACAUGAGAUGAGCGUCCAUUAUCAGAGGUUUGACAACCAGGAGUAUCGAAUAAAGAAAUUGGAGAUCGGUCGAUAUGAGAUGUCAACGUGGUACUCCAGCCCGUAUCCCGACGAGUAUGCUCGUCUGCCUAAAAUCUACCUGUGUGAAUUCUGUUUGAAGUAUAUGAAAACAGCAACCAUAUUGAGAAGACAUGUGGCUAAAUGUGUAUGGAGACACCCUCCAGGAGAUGAGAUUUACAGAAAAAAUAACAUUUCUGUGUUUGAAGUGGAUGGAAAGAAAAACAAGGUAUAUUGUCAGAAUCUAUGCUUGCUGGCCAAGUUAUUUUUAGAUCACAAGACACUAUAUUUUGAUGUUGAGCCAUUCCUGUUUUAUGUGAUGACAGAAAAUGAUACACAUGGUUGUCAUAUACUCGGUUACUUCUCCAAGGAGAAGAAUUCCUUCUUGAACUACAAUGUGUCAUGUAUCUUGACGUUACCACAGUACAUGAGGAAAGGUUUUGGUAAAAUGUUGAUAGACUUUAGUUAUUUAUUAAGUAAGGUAGAGAACAAAAUUGGAUCUCCUGAACGACCACUGUCCGACCUUGGCUUGUUAAGUUAUAGAAGUUACUGGAAAGAAGUUUUACUCGAGUAUCUACAGAAAUUUUCAGGGUCGGAAUUCUGUAUCAAAGAUGUGAGUCAGGAAACAGCCAUCAAUGCUAAUGAUAUAGUUAGCACAUUACAGGCACUGGGUAUGCUGAAAUACUGGAAAGGGAAACAUCUCGUACUUAAAAGACAGGAUCUGAUAGAUGACUAUUUGGAGAAAGUGUCAAAACGUCCAGUAGAUAUUAAGAUGAUAGACCCAAACAAUCUCAAAUGGACGCCACACAACAAGCGUUCCUCGCAGAAUACAGCACAAAUAUAGGGACUCGACCAUCAAUGUAUCGUGAUUCAUUACACACAAAAAUUAGAUGCGCUCUUUUUGGUACUAAGUGACAUUUAAAAAGAGGUUCAUGUGCAAUGUAGACAAUUUGGAACAAAUACUUGUGAAAUCCAAUGCAGCAAAUUUUUAUGUUGUUUUUAGAUAAGUUUUGCGGAUAUGACUUCAUCUAUAUUUGUGAGCAAAGUUCAUAGAAAUGGGUCAGCAAAUGCUUUCCCGAAAUGUUCAUUUUGAUAUAAACAGACAUGUUUUCAGUUUUCAAGUACAGUUUUUAGGAAAUAAUGGACAGAUUGACAAAUUAUGGAUUUAUAAUUCACUAGGGUAAUCAUAGUGAUGCAUUUUGAUAUAUGGUUUUAUGUAGUUGUGUAUGAGUGACGUAAUUUAAGAAUAUGUAUCGAUGCUGCAAUGUCAAUAAUGAUACGACUGUAAAACAAAAUAUCCUUUACAUUGCCCCGUCAUAGAGUUUCUUAUAUAAUCUAUAGAGGUGUUUUAUUUAAGCUGACCCUUCAGAUUUCCUACUAUUUAUACAAUUGUUGCAAAAUUGCCAUUCAAAACAGAAAUCUUAAAAGCAAUUUGGAUGAUAAUGCUAUGCAUUUGGCAGUCUGCUCAUUAAUAGUUUUGUGUUCACUCUAAAUUUUUAAACUGACUGAUGAAAGCUAAAGCUCCACUGUAAAGGGUAGAAGCAGAGCGCUGGCUUGAGCUUCUGUCAUUUGGUAUGAAUUUCAAAAAUUUAUGU